AUGUCUUCAGUACAAUCCUUUGCUAAAGAGGCUCACAUCUCCUAUAUUCAACAUUUGGAGGAGAAGGAAACCAACACUUUCGAGUAUUGCGUUACAGAACAUUUGAGAAUGUCCGGAAUGUAUUGGGGAUUAACUGGAAUGGACCUCAUGAAUGAAAUUAGCAAGAUGAAUCGGGACAAGAUUUUACAAUUUGUGAGAGAUUCGUAUCAUGAUGAAGUGGGUGGUUUUUCGGGUGCUCCGAAUCAUGAUCCUCAUAUUCUCUAUACUCUCUCUGCAGUACAAUUAUUGGUUCUAUUAACAGAUAAUAUUGAAGAGUUUUUAAGCUUGGAACAAAUUGAAAAGAUCGGUUCCUAUAUCGGAUCGUUGCAAAAAGAAGAUGGAAGUUUUGCAGGUGAUCAAUGGGGAGAAGUGGAUACACGAUUCAGUUAUUGCGCUUUGAAUUGCUUGGCUUUAUUAGGAUUAUUGGACACAUGUAGCAAUUAUAGAGGAGACAAGAUCAAUAAUCGAAAAUUUAUUAACGUUGAAAAAGCCGUGCAAUUUGUGUUGUCAUGUCAAAAUUUUGAUGGAGGUUUUGGUGUUUGUCCAGGAGCUGAAUCCCAUGCUGGCCAAAUUUUCACAUGUAUUGGAGCCUUGUCCAUUGGAAAGGCACUGGAUCGAAUCGAUCAAGACACACUUUCCUGGUGGCUAUGUGAGAGACAAUGCGACAAUGGUGGCUUGAAUGGACGUCCAGAAAAAUUGGCCGAUGUUUGUUAUUCAUGGUGGGUAUUGAGUGCUUUGGGAAUGAUGGAUCGAAUUCAUUGGAUUGAUGGAGGAAAAUUACAUGAUUACAUUUGUAAUUGUCAAGAUACUGAAAAAGGUGGAAUUAGCGACAAGCCCAAUAACAUGGUCGACGUAUUUCACACAUUUUUUGGAAUUGCUGGUUUGAGUUUGUUAGGAUAUGGUGAGCAGUAUGGUUUGAAAACGAUCGACCCUACUUUUGCUUUACCUGUUGGAGCACUUAAAAAGAUUGGCAUUGAAACACCUUAUACUUUACGAUUUGAUUAUUAA